AGUACACGACAUGAUAUUAUAUAAAUUCAAAAUUGUUUCGUAUUUUUGUCGUAUAUUUCAUAUUUUCAUGACAAAAAAAACAUAAUUGACAUAAUUAUUACCACAUAAUUCAAUAAUUGACCGCUUAAAUUUAUUUUGCCAUCGUUUGUAGGUGUUAAGAGGAUUUAUAGAGACUACUCUAUGGGAUGUUUAUUGUUUGCACAUUUGAAAUUUUGAACAAGUCACCAACUUGCUAUAGGAAGGCGUCUUUAAACUUUAUUGUUUCACGUCAGACGGUUUGUAUUUUUGUUCAUCUUCAAUUAUAUGAUAAUAUAUAAUGGCUGUGGUCAGAGAAAACCAUAAAAAUGAUGUUGUUCAACACAUAGAAAAAAAAAUGAAUGAUAUUUAUUCUAAACGAGCUUCAAAUCAUCAGUGGAAACUAAACGAUUUUGAAAUUGGAACACCACUUGGUCGUGGGAAAUUUGGUCGUGUAUAUCUUGCUCGGGAAAAAAAUACGGAAUAUAUGGUUGCUUUAAAAAUGAUGUUUAAAUCAGAAUUAGUAAAAGAUCACAUGGAACAUCAAGUGCGACGAGAAAUUGAAAUUCAAACACAUCUUAAUCACCCUAACAUUCUAAAAAUGUUGACUUAUUUUUGGGACGAAAAGAAAAUAUAUUUAGUAUUAGAAUUUGCCCAAGAAGGUGAAUUAUUUAAAGUACUAAAUUCGCAGCCGCAUAAACGUUUUGAUGAACCAACAGCUGCAUAUUAUUUACGACAGGUAGCUGAAGCUUUAAGAUAUUGUCAUUCACAAAGUGUAAUUCACAGAGAUAUAAAACCUGAAAAUCUCUUAUUGUUUAGUCAUCAUGUUAUUAAGUUGGCAGAUUUUGGAUGGUCUGUCCAUGCACCAUCUAAAUGUCGUAGCACCAUGUGUGGCACUAUUGAUUAUCUACCACCAGAGAUGGUUGACUCUCAAACAUAUAACGAAUAUGUUGAUAACUGGUGUUUAGGAGUGUUGUGUUAUGAAUUUUUGUGUGGAUCGCCUCCUUUUGAAAGUGCAGAUCAAGCAGACACUUUUAAAAAAAUUCGUGCUGUGAUGUAUUGUUUCAAACCUCAUAUGAGCGAUAGCUCUCUAUGUUUAAUUACAAAGCUUUUAGUUAAAAUACCAAAGUCCAGAUUAUCACUAACAGAUGUUAUUGAACAUCCUUGGAUUAAAACUAAUUGUGAAAUAUUUACUAAAAUUAAACUAGAAUUAAAAUAAUUUUAUUAAUUAUCCAUUAAUUAACUUUUCACUCAUAACUGUAAUUUUUUUCUAUUAAUGUGCUACUCUUAUAAUCAUUAUUGAAAAAUUAUAGUAUUUAAAAACUAAUUAAUAUUUGUAAAUAAUUGACUAAUGUAUUAAUAACUAUAAUUUAAAUGUUAACAUCUGUUUCUAUUGUACAUUUUUAAAAUUUAUGUUAAUUAAUUGCAA